AUGGGGAUUUUUAGCCGCAGCGACAGUUUCGAGAGGACCUUCCAGGCCCGCCUCGACAAGGCCUUGGAAACCGUGGCACGGAUCUUGGAGGCAUCGAGGCAGCCGAAGGCUGCUCCAGAUGUAUUCCAUCGCUACUUGGACAAGUUCCUGCUCGUCGAAUUCCUGACAAACUCUGCUCUUGCUUCCCAGAUCAGCUGCCUCCAAGCACUGGGCCUCACCUCCGCGCAGCUGCAGAUGCUGCGGAGCUGGGCAUCGGAAAACAGCGUCUCGCUCCAAUUCUGUGCAGAAGAGCGGUGCAAGUUUCUUCGGGAGGAGUCCAGGGACAUCGAGGGCUCUCGCAAGGUCGAAGAGGUGGCAGUGGCUGGGGCCAGUAUAAUCGAGACCACUACGAAGGUGGUCACCACUGUGAGGGAAUAUGUCUGGAGCUUCAGCGUCCGGUACGAGCUCAUAGCCUUUCGUGGUGUAGGUGCAGAAGCCGACGACCGGAUCGUCUUCAGGAGCCGCAGUGGUUCGUCUGAGAUAAAGACGCAAGGAAAGGAGCCACCCUUUCCCGAAGUGAAGGUGCACAAGCUGGAUCCAGUUAAUGUGAGCUUCCUGCUUCGUUCGUUGCGAGAGGAUGCUCCUCAGUCGGCGGGCUUCAGCAUCUGCCGUGAGGAUGCCAAGUGCAGGACACCAACGCGCAAUUCUGAGGUAGAGGCCUCUCAGAAGCACUUUGCCCAGUUCCAGACCUGGUGUCAGGGCAUCGUCCACUAUCAGACCGAGAUGUGCCGCAGGAUCGAUCCCAAGAGCAUUGAAAUCUCGGUGUCCGCAGAGGGCAUCUUUCAGCCAGUCCUUCCGCUCUUGGAAGAUCCGAACACGCGAGCCAUUGUCCAGGUCCCCGGCUCGGGCGAUCUGAUAGAUCUUGGCAGCCAAGAUCCGGAACGAGGCGCCACGCUCAGCCUCGGAGACGCGAACAGGUUCUUGCAGGAAGAAAGGCGAUCCUUGGAAGCAAAGUUUGGGGAACUGGCUCAGGCCUUCCCUCAGUCCGAGUCCGUCAUCACUGCGGCGGAAGCGCAACUGCUCGUGACGACUUUACACUGCCACGAAUCUUGGGCGUCAUCAAGACAUAUCAAGAUUGAAGUUGGGUUGUGGCUUCGAAAUCAGCUGGUGGCAGCCAUUGGCAAGCUGGUUUCUCCAAAAGACUUCGGGGACUAUAUGACCUUUCACAGCCGGAAGCUCUUCGCGGAAGCCUUCGUUCCGCAGCCUUUCUGCUUCGCCGUGAGACGCUCCGAGCUCCACAGCCCGGAAGGUACCGUCAGCAUCGAGAAGUCAGGGGGAGAACCGGUUUCAACCAUGGUGGCUCAAACGGAAGCCUCCUGGCCCAUGGAGUUCGCAUUGAAUGCCUCCUCCACGGUGUCAUUUGUUGGCCAGCACUAUCUGCAUGCCUUCUUAUCGCACCAGUUUGCGUUUGGUUUCUUUGGCUCCCCGGGCAAGGAGGCUCUCCACCUGGUGUCUCGAGCUCGGCAGUUCAGCUCCAUGAUCGUGCUUGUUGGACGGGUGGUCUCUUCAACUACCUUCGACCCGAAGCAGGCCUUUAUUGUUCAGAACAAGGACGAGUUGUCCAUCGGGCUGGAGCUAUCGACCAUCCCGACUGCUCACGAAUUCCGUGAUGCCAUCGAGUCACUCUCGCCGGAGCAGCAGAGGUUUGCCAAGGCGAUCCGCUCCAUGCAGCUGGAGAGCACGCUCUUUGGGCUGGUGAUUGUCCACAUCAAGCCCCAGCUGGAGAAGGUGCUUAACCUGCCCAGCGACAGCCUGACAAAGGAGAUCAAGCUGACGCAAGACCUCAUGCAGCUCUUCAUCAAGUACCAGAUUCCGAGUGACCUCCUCUCCUUCUCAGGUGAGCCUUUCACAAGUGAUCGCCGCAGGGGGCCCGCUUUUAAGAAGACCUUCGAGACGCCGGAAGCCCUCGACCCUUUUUACCUGAGCACUUCCUGUGCUCACGAGAUGUCCUAUAGCCCGAUGGACGGGGAUGCUCCUAGCUGGGACGGAAGCCCGAACACCUUUGAGCGCUUUGCUGUGGAGUGCCGUUGGUACCAGUUUUCCCUUAAGAGCACGGAGCGCCACCUUGCUGCACCCCGCGUGUGGCACAAGCUGACUGGAUCGGCUAAGAGCGUGGUUCGGAACCUGAAUCCCGAGGUUUAUGCCACGGCCAACGGGCUGGACAAGCUGCUUGAUGUUCUGCGAGGGUCGCCUCUCCAACGGCUGCCGGUUCCUGACACCUUUCAGAGGCUGGAGCGCUGGUCUAACCGGCGGCAAGGAGAAAGCAUACCUCAACUUAUCGUUCGCGAGGAGGAGCUCUUCGUGGAGCUCCAGCAGUCCCUUCAGAGAGCGCGUGGGCAGAAGCCGCUUCCGAGUGCCACGGUGGACACCGAUGAAGCACCUGGUGCCGAUGACGGCGAAGAUCCUGACGACGAGGACGACGACAAGAAGGACCGCUCGAAUGCUGCCGGGAGUCCGUCACGAAAGCCUGCUGCACCGGAAGCUUCGUCUCCGACUUCUUCUACGAGGUCGAAAACAGUGAAAGGGCAGGCUGAGAGCGUUGGCUUCUUCGAGGACGAACUUCGGGGCUACCGUUUGCUGAAGGCAUGCGCUUUGCAGAACCAAGAACGGCAGCAAAUCCCCACGCUGACGCAGAACAGCACGAAGUUUGUUUCCGUGCGCCAGGCUCUCCGCACCAUGUUCGACGAGGGCUGGGAGCAGACACGGAAGCCGCACCAAUCGGCCUACAAUGACGGCUGGGACGAUUGGUCCUGGGAGCAAGAAGCAGAGGGAGCUGAAGCCUACUGGCAGGACGAGCCGGUCGAUUGGAGCGUGUACUACUACUACUACGGCGAAGACGAAUGGGCCUAUUAUGGUGAAGAACCUGCUCCUGACGAAGUUCAUGAAGAAGGUGAUGCUGGGCCACCGGGCGAGGAGGAGAAGUCCCUUCUUCAAGAGGAGGCAGAAGCUUUUGCCAUAGCGGAAGAAGCUCAGAAAACCCUCCAGCAGGCCCGGGAUGCGGUCCAGAAGGCUCGCCAAGCUCGAGGAUAUUAUCCUUUGGGCGGAAAAGGUUCGUUUGGAAAGGGUUUCGGAAGCUCUCCUGGAAAAGGUUUCGGGAAGAAGGGCUUCAAAGGAAAGGGCCGCAAAGGCCCGAAAGGCCCGAAAGGCUCCAAGAACAAGGGCGCUGAUGCCUAUGUCCAUGACUUCGGGUAUGCCUCGGCCUACGUCCUGGAGCGCGUGGACCUGUCGCACGAGACGAUCAAGGAGAAUGACAACGGCGAGCGGCCCCUGAACCUUGCAUGGCUAUAUGUUUUGUCGUGUGAAGAUGCUCCACAAGGACGGCUCAGCGGGGGUGAAAUGAUUUUGGAUACAGGGGCAACUGAGUCGGCAUGUGGCGUCGGGACUAUGGAGCGCUUCCUCAAUGCCACCAAGUGCCGCUACAGCUUCACCCUCGAGGACCGACCAGUGUUCAGGUUCGGGAAUGGAAGGACACUUCAGGCCACCUCGCGCGUCGAUGUGGUGACGGCCGCCAUUGGCUUGAUGCAGGUGUACCUUCUCGAUGAUGCUAGCAGCCAGGAGACUCCUCUUCUUCUUGGCGGUCGGAUCCUUCGCGAGCUCCAGGCCGUGAUCAAUUACGGAGAUCGAACUUUGAUGUUUCAGAAGCGAGGAGGAGAACUACGGCUUCUUCCUCUUGGUUCCACCCCAGGGGGACAUCUUAUUGUCAACUUGGCGACGUCGAGCCGCAGCCUGGGACCUGUGAAGACCUACUUGGCUGAGAGGUUUGGGGUACAAAUGCCCAUGGAGUCCUGCAACGUGAAGGCUGUUUUGUCAACCCCGGGUUUUUCAGAUGAAGCCCGGCGUGGAAGAGGUGGCCAUCGACUACCUCAUGUGGAUGCUGGUGGCAACAAGUUCAUGUACGACAAGCGCACUGAGGUGAUGAUUCCCGUGGAAGCGUCUGAUGCAGAGACCUCAGUUGUUGCUGACAGCACCGACAGCGAGAUGGUCCCCGAUGUUCCAACCCGUUCUCCUGAAGGACAAGGACGUAAGGACCGCAAGCGGAAAGAGCCAGCUGCAGUAGAUGAUAUGACGGGGUACAUGUUCGAGAUCGACAUGGCCGACAAGGACUGGCAACAGCUUGCUGGGAAGCCUCGACUCGACAGUCAACGGCACAGUCACUCCAAACAGAUUUCCAACGUGAUCCGCAAUGCUGCGGUGAUCGCGGGUUAUGAAAAUGAGGUGGGCCUCUUCGCCGACACUUUCGAAGCUUGGCCGCAUCCUGCGGUCGUUGCGAAGAACCGGUGGAUCCUUGAAUCCGCCGAUGUGGCAUCCUCUUUCUUGCAGGCUAUGCAAGACCUCGAGGACGAGAACCUCUUCAUUCAAGCACCUGCUGAAUUAGGGGCUGCCUUCGGAGGCUCAGGCGCGGACGACUUCACCGUCCUCAAGCUCAAGCGAGCGUUUUACGGGUUGUGUCAUGCCCCACGGGCAUGGUUCGAGACUGUGGCCGAGACUCUUCGUAAGUCAGGAUGGAGACAGCUUGCCUUCGACAAGUGCAUGUUUGUGCUAUUGGACAAGGAAAACCGUUUGGUGGGCAUCGCUGGAUGCCAUGUUGAUGAUUUCAUUCUUGGUGGAGAUCGUCAGAGUGAGAUCUUCAUGGCUGCCAAGAUUGCCUUGCAGCAAGCUUUCGAAUGGGGCAAGUGGGAAGUCUACACUGACCGCUGGAUGGAAGAAAUUCCGAUUUCUCCCCAGCGAGCUUCUCGGCCAAAGGAGAAGGCUACGGCCCAGGAGAUCAGGGAGAUCCGUGGCGCUCUGGGCACUCUUUCCUGGAGGGCUAACCAAGUGAGCCCACAAUUCCUUGCCGACGUGGGUUUGAUGCUCUCGGAGAUCCCGACGGCCACCGUCGACCUGAUCUUGCGCAUCAACAAGGUGAUCAGGGAGGCAAAGCGCAUGGCGGACCAGACCUUAAUCUUUCAUCCGUUCGAUGAAGGCUGGGAGGACCUUUGCGUUGUGACGUGGUCGGAUGCUGCGCAGAAUAACCGGGUGAACCGGGGCAGCACAAUUGGGAUGCUGACAUGCAUCGCUCCCAGGCACAUCCUGGAUGGAGAGCGCGUGCCAAUGAAUAUCGUGGCAUGGCGGAGCCAGAAAGCUCCAAGUGAAGUCCUCGGCUCCAAUGGCAGCGAAGUCCAAGCAAUCACUGCAGGCGAGGACAUGAUGUACCUUGUUCGAUGUGUUUGGCUGGAGAUCCAUGGAUAUCCUCCUAUACGAGGCCGUCAAAACGAGAUGGUCAAGGAAAAGACGACUGGGGCCCUGGUGAUGGAUUCUCGUGGCAUCUAUGAUGCCAUGACGAGGAAUACCAGUGCUCUUCAUGGUCUCAGAAGCAGCCGAUCCGGGUACGAGCUGACGAUUGCUGUCAACCAAGCUGUUGAGCGCGGGGUUGCAGGCACAGAGCUGCUGGCGGACGCAUUGACCAAGGGCAAGGCCAAGAAAGUCCUCCUGGAGCUCAUGUCUGAGAGACAGCAUCGGAGGCUCAUAUAUGAUCCUCAGUUCACUGCCGGGAGAAAGCUCACGAAACGUGAACAUGAGAAGUGCAUCCGCGAAGUGGAAGCACAUGUUGUGCACCAAGUUCAAGCUUUUGCAUAUGAAAACCUUUUCCCGUGGGCUGCUGAGCAAGACCUUGUAGACCCAGACGCGGCACUUUAUGAAAGACUCAGGAGUGUUACUGGUGCGAGUUCAGGCUUUUACAUGGGAUAUAGCAUGUUUGACAGGUGUCCGGCGGAGACCAGCGAAACGGAGCGGCUGGCCGCUGUCAAAGGACAUGUGCAGGCCAUGCAGAGCAUGCUGUCCAUCUCCAAGAAGGAGGAGUUGGUCCAAAACUUUGCCGAACAGGCCUUCCAGGCUAGCGACGUGCCCGUGCCUGCAGGCUGUUUUGACAUGGACUUGUUCGGUGGAAUAUCCGAAAGCGCGCCCGUGCCGACGGGGGUGCCGAUGGGCAUGCCGAUGGCCAUGCCCAUGAUGGCGGAUCGAUCUUUGGUGCGCAGGGUGGAGGAGGAGGUGGAGGGCUGUGGGGAAACUCCAGCCCAUCCCCUUUCGGAGGAUCUUGUCCUGCUUCGCUUCUCUGCCCUUGAGGUGCAGCGGCAUCCGUGCAACAGGCGCAACAGGCCUGCUGUCCAGCAGCCAGCGCCGCAGUCAGCACCGCAGCCGGACGAGCCUAUGGACACUUCAACCGAAGCGCAGGACGAGCGUUUGAUGACCAGGUCACAGAAAGCGCUGCUGGCGCAAACGAGCCAAACCUCCCUCGGGGCUGAUGAGCAGAAGCAGGAGAAGGAGGCGGCCUUCGACCUCCUCGAUGCGCUCACGAAGUCCGGCGCCCUUCCUUUGGUGAACGCAAGCCUCCACGUGGUCGUUGCCGCGGUGCACUGCUUCGACAAGACGGUGACAGAGACGGUGAUCCAAGACAACAUGAACCCGAUCGAGAAUGUAGAGCGUUCGGCAUUGAUCAUGGCCUCCACCAUUCAUCAGCAGCCGGUUGCGGCGCUGGUUCGAGCUUCGCAUCAAGCCCGGCUUCGAGCGUCAUCUCCCAGCCUCUUCCAGCUCGAGUGA